GUGUCUCCGUGUAUACACAAACACUGGUCUCACCUGGCAGAUUCGGCACUACCAGAGAUUUCUCAGUUUCCGGCUUAUUUUCUUCAAUUUAACACCUUCUCACCAUCCCACAAAUACUAGAUUUAUUUCUAUCAACGACAUAGCUUCUCAAUCCCAAGCCAAGGUUCGGAUCAGGAUUAAAGAUGAAGGGAAUUGUGUUAGCAUUACUUCUUGGUAUUGCGCAGGGAGAUGACACGUUGGUGGUUCUAAAUAAAGGCCGGCUGAGAGGAGAACGAGUAGAUUUGGAUUUUGGAGAAUACUAUUACGCUUACAGAGGAGUUCCCUACGCUAAACCACCAGUAAAGGAACUCAGAUUCAAGGACCCUGUUGAGUUUGACUACUGGGGUAUUAUUGAUGCUGUUGAGGACGGUCAUAUUUGUCCUCAGUUUGAUAUAGGACAAGGACAACCAGUCGGAGAUGAAAACUGUCUCACGUUGAACGUGUACACUCCUAAGCUUGACUCUAAGAAGAGAGCUGUAAUGGUUUACUUCCAUGGAGGUUCAUUUGUUAUGGGAGGAGGGUCGAGCUUGUACUUUGGACCUGAAACCCUCAUUGAGAAAGAUGUCGUCGUUGUUACUUUCAAUUACAGGUUGGGACCAAUGGGUUUCUUAACUACAGCUGACAAAGCUGCUUCAGGAAACCAAGGAGUGAAGGAUCAAAUAAUGGCGUUGAAGUGGGUGAAGGAUAAUAUUGACAGGUUUGGAGGGAACCCGGAGAAAAUAACAUUGUUCGGAGAGGACAGUGGAGCAGCUUCAAUCACUAUAAUGGCAAUGUCUCCUCUAGCCCAGGGUUUGUUUUCUGGAGCAAUAGCUAUGUCUGGUAAUGCCCUCUGUGAUCAAUUUAUUCAAUCAAACCCCGAGGAAGCAGCUCUAGAACUGGCUUCAAGGUUGGAAUGUGAUACAGAGAGUGGUGAGACUAUUCUAAGAUGUUUGAACAAGUUGACCCAACAGGAGAUUAUCAAAAUAAGCCAGGAUAUGUUUAUGUUUUGGUCAUUCCCCCGUUGGUUUGCCCCUAGCGUGGAUGGUGUUGUACUACCAGAUAAACCAGAAAAUCUCCUUGCCAGUGGAAAGUUCGCAAAGGUUCCAUUUAUGGUUGGACAAACUAAAGACGAGGGUGCAGCAUUCUACAGACUCACUAUAAACGCAUUCAACAAUGGCCGGUAUGAUGACAACUUUGUUGACAACAAAUUGCCCCGAAUGCUCCCAGUUUUAUCCGACUUCAACUCCAAACUGUAUCCAAUGACAAGACUGAUCCGUAAGAAGUAUUUCACUAAUGUUGAUAUGGAAGUUGAAGAAGAAUUCCGUCCUAGAUAUAUAAACUUCCUUACAGAUCUACUUUUCUCUAGAUGUACAGAUAGGUUUACCAGUAUUCUGACAAAGUACUCUGUUCCUGCAUACGAGUACAGUUUUGAUUACAGAGGACAGUACAGUGUAGUAAAUCUACAGGGUGAACAGGUUGACAUGGGCGUGGCUCACGGAGACGACGUCCAGUAUGUUUUCCAGCAUAUUUGGGGACAAGAUCUAGAAAUGUCGUCUUCUGAUUCUAAAUUCUCUAAGAAUGUUUAUACAACUCUUCUAACUAACUUUGCCAAGACUAGUGUCCCGACCCCAACUAUUGAUGAGUUUAUCUCUGUCUCCUGGCCCCCUGUCUCUCCUACUCUACACAACGUAAUGAGGAUCAAUAAUAAACUUAAGCUGGAAACUGACUUCAACAAGGAGAGGCGCAGGUUCUGGUCUGAAACUAUUCCAGACCUCUUCAAGGCUUCUGGGAAGAAGGCGAAGAGUGAAUUGUAAUCGUUCAACAACUUCAUCUUGAUUAACAUGGUUAUAUUUAGUUCUUCAUAUAUGUUGUUGUGGGCCAUGUUACAGGUCCUAUAAAACAUGGCACAAUUAACACGAUUGAAAGAUCAACUUCAAUCCAAGGAUAUCUCGAGAUAAAUUGCGACACAAUAAUGUGAAUUUUUUUCGAAAAUAAUAAAGAAAUUUCACUUAAAACUUGCUUUUGGGGGGACGGAUAUGGAUGCUGCAAACUAUUUCAAAGAUAUAAGACGACCCUUAAGUGGUCUCACAACUUUAGAGUUGCAAGAAAAAAUAUAUUUGUUUCCGGUGCAGGUGGGAGCUAAAAAAACUUCUCAUAAUUUGCUUCUGUCGUCUUUCCUCACACUUUUACUAUACUGUAUGAUUUUCAUAAAACUUUAAACCUUUUAUAACAAAAUAAAAAUCGUUUGUUUAAUAACCAUAAAUUUUUGUAUUGUGUAUGUGAAAAAAAAUUUAAUAAAUUCAAUAAA